AUGUGCGGCCACAAGCUCGGAAAGCUCCCGCCCCGCCGGUGGCGGUCGGCGGCGGCGGCCAGUCCGCCGGCGGCACGCGAGCACGCCGCACGCACCAUGCGCGCCCUGGCUCCGCUCGCCCUCGCCGCGCUGGCGUUCGCCGCGCCCCCCGACCCCUGCUACGACGACGCCGAGCGGCCCCGCCGCUGCAUCCCCGACUUCGUCAACGCCGCCUUCGGCGCGCCCGUGCUCGCCUCCUCCGUCUGCGGCCGGCGCGGGCCCGAGCGCCUCUGCGACCCGCCCGGAGACCAGCCGCCCGACCAGGCCUGCCGCGUGUGCGACGCCGCGCGCCCCGACCGCCGCCAGCCGCCGCAGCACCUCACCGACCUCAACAACCCGCACGACGUCACCUGCUGGCGCUCCGCCCCCCUGCCGCCCGCCGCCUACGACUCGCCGCCCGACAACGUCUCCCUCACGCUCUCGCUCGGCAAGAAGUACGAACUCACCUACGUCAGCCUGCAGUUCUGCCCGCGCGCCGCCCGCCCCGACUCCGUGGCCAUCUACAAGAGCGCCGACUACGGGCUCACGUGGCAGCCCUUCCAGUUCUACUCCAGCCAGUGCCGGCGCGUGUACGGGCGCCCCAACAAGGCCACGGUGACCGCCGCCAACGAGCAGGAGGCGCGCUGCUCCGACUCGCACCGCCUCGGCGACGCCGGCGGCUCCCGCCUGGCCUUCAGCACGCUGGAGGGCCGGCCCAGCGCCGCCGGCUUCGACACCUCGCCCGUGCUGCAGGACUGGGUCACGGCCACGGACGUGCGCGUGGUGUUCAACCGCCUGCACAUGGUGGCCGAGGGCGACGAGGCGGACGGCAAGCUGCAGGCGGCGGCGGGCACGCAGCACUACGCCGUGUCGGACUUCGCCGUGGGCGGGCGCUGCAAGUGCAACGGGCACGCGUCGCGCUGCGUGCUGGCCAAGGCGGAGGCGGAGGCGGGGGCCACGGGGGCCCCGCAGCUGGCCUGCGACUGCAAGCACAACACGGCGGGCCGCGACUGCGAGCGCUGCAAGCCCUUCCACUUCGACCGGCCCUGGGGCCGCGCCACGGCCCGCGACGCUAACGAAUGCAAAGAAUGCAGCUGCAACGGCCACGCCCGACGAUGUCGGUUCAACAUGGAGCUGUACAAGCUGUCCGGCCGCGAGUCCGGCGGCGUCUGCAUCAAGUGCCGGCACUUCACCGCCGGCCGGCACUGCCACUACUGCCGCGAGGGCUACUACAGAGAUCCUACGAAGAAGAUCACGCACAAGAAGGCCUGCAAACCAUGUGACUGCCACCCGGUGGGCGCGAGUGGCAAGACGUGCAACCAGACGAGCGGGCAGUGCCCGUGCAAGGACGGCGUCACCGGCACCACCUGCAACCGCUGCGCCAAGGGCUACCAGCAGUCCCGGAGCCACAUCGCGCCCUGCAUACGCAUCCCACGCGUGGUGACCGCGGUGCAAGCGAUGGAGGCGGUGGACGGCGAGCCGGGCCGCGCAGCGGAUCAGUGCGGACGGUGCCGCGCCGGCGCACGCACGCUAAACCUCAACAAGUUCUGCAGCCGAGACUACGUCAUAAUGGGCAAGGUGGUCGGUCGCGAGGCGGCGGCGCGCGACGGCGAGUGGGCGCGGCUGACGCUCAGCGUGCAAGCCGUGUACAAGCGCGCGCCGCGCUCGCGCCUGCGCCGGGGCAGCGUCGCGCUCCACGUGCGCGCCAGGGACCUCGCCUGCAAGUGCCCUAAGCUCAAGAUCAACAACCAUAAUGAGCGAGGUGAGCAUGCAAGGGCAGCGUCGCGCUCGCGCUGCACGUGCGCGCCAGGGACCUCGCCUGCAAGUGCCCUAAGCUCAAGAUCAACAAUUAUAAUGAGCAAGCUGAGCGUGCAAGCUGUGUGUAUAAGCUCACGCCUGCGUCGGGGCAGUGUCUCGCUGCACGUGCGCGCCAGGGACCUCGCCUGCAAGUGCCCUAAGCUCAAGAUCAACAAGUCAUACCUAAUCCUAGGAGUGGAAAAAGAAGGCUACGCGACGGGGCUGCCGGGACUGACGGUCGGCGACCGCACGCUGCUGCUGGAGUGGCGCGACGACUGGCACCGCCGCAUCCGCCGCCUGCAGCGCCGCGCCAUCAACUGCCACUAGGCGCCGAGGAUGCCAAGCCUAGUGCCGCUGGCUGUGGGGCAUCUGCCGCUAGAAGCAGGGCGGAGUGACUGCUGUUAGUUGCAGAUUGUUUGCCGCUAGUUACAGGUCGUUUGCAAGCUAUAGCGACUGCCGCUAAUCGUAGAAUAACUUCAGCUAGCAGCGGAAUGUCAGCUGCAAGACAUUAAGUGACUGCUGCUAGUAACAGGAUGCUUGUGGCUGUAGGGUAGCUGC